UCUUAUAGUUUGCAGAGCUUUCGUGUACGGCUGCUCUCCUAUUCAAACGUUUUGUUCAGUCAUGGAGAUGAUCAUGCAUCCGACCCUUUAUCAAACUCCCUGUUGGUAAGUUAUCUCACACUAGUCCGCAUACGUUUAGUUCGCGACAACUUUCCUCAGCUAGAGAUCAUAUCUCUGCCUUCAAUCCGGAUCCCUCCGCCGCCACACAAUCCACUCCCCACCAUGAGUGAAAAGAUAGCCAGCGUCAACGUCGGCUGCAGCAACAGCAAGAAACUAAAGUGGUUCGCAUGGGGCACCGGUGGCCUUAUUGUCUUUAUCGGCCUCCUAGUGUUUGUUGUGUUCCUCGUUCUCCACCCCUCCAAGCCAAGCUUCAACCUCGAAGACGUCACUGUUUAUCAGUUCAACGUCUCCAAGGUAACGCCCUACGCCGUCACCAUCAUCAUGCAGGUCACACUGUCCUCUAGAAACCCUAAUUCUCGGAUAGGCGUAGAGUACCAGCCUCUCCACGUCUACGCCACAUAUCGAGACCAGCAGAUAACAAUGGCUUAUCUCUUGCCUCCUACGUACCAAGGGCACAAGGAACCUGUGGUGUGGUCACCUCCUUUGACUGGCUACGACAUGCCGAUUUCGCCAUAUUCGCAGCAGUCUUUGGAUCAAGAUUGGCAUGCUGGGGUUGUCCUGAUGAAUAUCAAGCUUCAAGGGGACGUGAAGUGGAAAGUAGGGACUUGGAUUUCGCCCAAGUAUCACUUGUACGUGCAUUGCCCGGCGAAUAUCAGGUUUGGGGAUUUGAACAACGGUGGUCCAAACCUCAUCAAGGGCCAGCCGGUGGAUCAUUGCGAUGUGGAGAUUGCUUCUUAA